AUGAGCAAACUCUGGGGCCCAAGAAAGCCUGACGAUACCGAAAGCCUGGAAUCUUCUCAUAUGUCACAUAGCCAGGACCCUAACGAAAGAACUAGUCUUCUAGCCCCCGAAAAUGGACACCGCCCACUCAGUCCAGAUGAUCCAGCAGUAUCGCCGUACAAUCUUCUUUCUAUCCUCUGCGACCGUGUGGUCGCGUAUGGUAAGAGAGAGGAGGAAGAGCGUCUGACUGGCCAUCGUGAAACCAGACGUUCUUUGGCUGAAUGGUUAUCGGUUUUUUCUGCUACUAUCGUUCUUAUCGUCUUUAUUGCAAUCGCCUUCCUCUUUACCGCAACACUCAUCCUCCGUUCUAUCGACGCAUCCCUCACACCACCAGGAACUCGAUAUUGGGUGGAAGGCCAUGGAUAUGAGAUACAUCUGUUUUGUACGGGGAAUGCUACGACGGCGGACGGAAAGAGAGUAACAACUGUACUUGUGGAAGGAGGGGAAGAUCCUGUAAAACACGGUUUGGAGGGAUGGAUUUUGGGUACAUUCCAGGAUAAGCAAAUCGAAAGAUAUUGUUACUGGGAUAGACCCGGCAUUGGUUUCAGCGAUAAUGCACCAAGCCCGUUGUCGGCAGGUAUGGCAAUUGACGUUUUGUCAGAGGCACUUACGAAGGCAGACGAAAAAGGACCAUGGGUGCUUGUUUCCCAUGGUGUAGGGGGAAUAUACUCUCGCAUUUUUGCCUCCCGUCAUACCACUGAGGUUAAAGGACUGCUUCUGAUAGAUGCUCUCCCCGAAUCCCAGCUCCAUCGAAUUGGCUCUGCUGGUAGAGGAUUUUUCCUUUGGCUCAGGGGGAUCAUCAGUCCAAUUGGGAUUGAUCGAUUGACGGGAGCCAUUUUCAUGGGUCGAGGCCGUGCAGAUCGCAUAUAUGGGCGUUCUGCGUAUCAAAGUGGAAAGCAAAUCAAGGCAAAGCUUCAAGAGAACUUGGUAGCAACAACAUUCACGAAGAACGAGAUCGCGGCUGCUAAAGCAAUCCUACCAAAGAACGUACCUGUUGCUGUUAUAAGCUCAGGAAAGUCGGUCAAGCACGACCAACAAUGGAACGACGGCCAAAGAGAGUUGACUGAAAUCACGGAUAACCUGGUGGCUUGGGAUGUGGUCAACCAUGCUCCACACGAUGUUUGGAACAGCAUAGAUGGAGCGAAUAUCUUACAAAAAAGGUUAAAAGAACUUUUGCUCAGGUAA